UUGCUUGGACCCAAAAGAAGUAACCUUUGCAUGGUCUCCACUUGCGGGUUUCCGGGAGGCGCUGCUGCGUAUGCAGCUACCGACGGGCAUUGCAAAGACCUCCAGCCAGCGUGGGAAAGCAGCUCUCGGGAGCGUUUCCAAAAUGGAAUUCCUUCCCCAGACCAAGACCAGCAUGUGCCUCUUUUUCUCUUAAUUACGGCAGAAUAUCCUUCACAGGUCGGGCAGCCCAGCAGGGAGCAAAAAUGGAGGAGCUGCGCCCAGCCAAAGCAGGACCGGAGACGGGAGGAAGAGGGAGCCCUUGUGUCGUCCAAGUUGGGACCCUCGAGGAGCUUCUGACUGGAGCAGCCCUGCAGCGGGUUAAGAAGGAGCCGGAGGAGGCAUUGCACGACCCUUGGGAAGCUCAGUGGCAGCAGCUCCUGCGGAAGAUGCAGCCGCCUCAGUCAGGAGGGGAGGACCCCCAGCUGCCUCGGCGCCGGCCACAGGAGGGUGCUGCGGCCCUUCCAGCGUCCUCCAAGGCUGCAGUUGAGGCCCGCCAGGAGUCUGCUGGAGAGCGUGUGGCCCAGGCCUUAGGUGGAGGCACCCGAGAGCCUUCUGUGAAAGUGAAGGAAGAGAUCCCAGAUGAGGAAGGCAGUGCCGGUGUGGAGGUGCGUUGCCGGCGCUUCCGCCACUUCUGCUACCAGGAGGCCAAGGGGCCCCGAGAAGCCUUCAAGCACCUUUGGGCGCUUUGCUGCCAGUGGCUGGUGCCCGAGAGAAGCACCAAAGUGCAGAUGCUGGAGCUGGUGGUCCUGGAGCAGUUCUUGGCCAUCCUGCCCCUGGAGAUGCGGAACUGGGUCAGGGCACGUGGCCCGGAGACUUGUGCCCAAGCAGUGACUCAGGCAGAGGGUUUCUUGAUGCAGGUGCAAGAGCUCAGGAGCGCAGAGCAAAAGGUCCUAGGGCCAUUGGAAGAGGCAGCUGUUAAUUCCCCCAGAUUGGAGCAGGAUGUUUCCAACACUGUAGGGUUGCCAGUCCCCGUGGAUGAUGGGCAGGGCAGCCUGCUGGAAGCUGAUGGGCACAAUUGGAGGAAAGAGGAGAGCUGUGGUUUUCGGAGUCCUGAGAAGGGUGCCACCGGAGGGCUAGUCUUAACAAGAGCCAAAGCAAUGUCCUCCCAGGAGGCCGAAGUGGAUGUGAUGUCUAAAAGCUCACAGGGGUCAGACAUUUACCUCCCAAAACAGAGAGAGGAAUCAGAACGACCACUCUUCCUCCAUGAGAAAUGUGGCAAAGGUUUAAACCGGAGUGCCUCAGAAGAGGGUGUUUUGAAAUAUACAGAGGGAAAAGUGGCUACUCGCUGUCAGAGAAACUGCUGUCCCAGCGCUGUCAUCCCCAAGAAUCAGAAAAUGCAGAAACUGUUUGAAUGCACCUACUGCGGGAAGAUCUGCAACAACAGCGCCCACCUGAUUAUCCACGAGAGAAUCCACACAGGUGAGAAACCCCACAAAUGCUCAGAAUGUGGGAAAAGCUUCACUCAGAAAGGAAACCUUACUACUCAUAAGAGGAUCCACAUGGGAGAGAAGCCCCAUCAGUGCAGGGAUUGUGGGAAAAGCUUCAGCCGGAGGCAGCAGCUUGCGAGACACGAGAGGAUCCACUCGGGAGAGAAGCCCUACAGAUGCUCUGACUGUGGGAAAUGCUUUUGUCGGAAAGACUCCCUUAUUACACACAAGGGAACACACACCAGGGAAAAGCCAUUUGAAUGUUCUGACUAUCGGGAAAGCUUCGCUUCCAGUUUUGCACUUUAAAAAAAUUAUAUAUGUGGGAGAAUCAGCAAAUAUGUCCAGAACAGAGGCCUUUAUUGUUCUGAAAUGGUGUGUCAUUUAAAGCUUCUUAGAGACUUGGACUUGACGAAUUGUUAAUAGCUGUUAAGAUCCCAUUCAGUCCUGAAGCUCACUCAGUUGUUUUGGUCAGGUUCAGUGGUUCCCAACCUUGGGUCACUCAAUGUUCUUGGACUACAAUGCCUUAUAGCAUUGGAAAUGGACUGUGCUGGCUGGGGAUGGUGGGUAUUUGUAGCCCAAUGUCAUCUGGGAGCCAGUAGUCAGGAACCCCAGGUCUUGUCUGUCUGUCUGUCUGUCUCUCUCUCUCUCUCUCUCUCUCUCUCUGUCUAUCUCGCUC